AUGCGUCCAUUAACACCCCUCCUCACCCUCCUCACCAUCCUACCCUUUACAACCGCCCACCCAACCCACCAGUCCCAAACCCAACUCCAACCCUUAACAGCAAACAACACAACAGAACUCCGCGCCCUCCCCCUCGUAAUCUGGCACGGCCUAGGCGACACAUACCUCAACCCAUCCCUGCAAUACCUAAUCCAAGCCGCUGAAGCCGCCAAUCCAGGAACCUACACCUACCUAAUCCACCUCUCCCCUAGCAGCACCGGCGACCGCCAAGCGACCUUCCUGGGCAACCUCACCACGCAAGUCGCCUACGUCUGCGACCAACUAGCCCGCGACCCAAUCCUCUCCACAGCACCCGCCAUCAACGCCCUCGGCUUCUCACAAGGCGGACAAUUCCUCCGCGCCUAUAUUGAACGCUGCAACAACCCCCCGGUCCGCACACUAAUAACCCUCGGCAGCCAACACAACGGCAUCUCGCAAUUCCAGUCCUGCGCCUGGAACGACUUCAUCUGCCGGGGCGCCGAAGCACUUCUUCACUCGGGACGAUGGUCAUCCUUCGUGCAGGGACGGCUCGUCCCCGCGCAGUAUUUCCGCGACCCUGAACCCACCGAGAUGGAAAACUACCUCCAAUACAGCAAUUUCCUGGCGGAUGUGAAUAAUGAGCGCGAGGUGAAGAACGAGACGUAUAAGGAGAACUUGAGCAAGUUGGAGAAGUUUGUGAUGUAUAUGUUUGAGGAGGAUCGGAUGGUGGUGCCGAAGGAGUCGAGUUGGUUUGGGGAGGUGGAUGGGGAAUCUGGGGAUGUGGUUGGGAUUAGGGAGAGGAGUAUUUACAAGGAGGAUUGGAUUGGGUUGAAGGGGUUGGAUGAGAAAGGGGGAUUGGUGUUUAGGACGUUGAAGGGGGGUCAUAUGCAGUUUGAUGAUGAGGAGCUGGAGGAUAUUUUAAAGGAGUUUUUGGGGCCUGUGGAGGUGGAGGUUGGGGAUGAUGAUGAGCACUAA